GCAGCUUCUUUCUUCCGGCUCCCUCCUGCCGAUGAGUCGUACAACGUUUGUUAGAUCGUGCGAACGCAGUUGUUUCGUCAGCGACGAUGCAGCUUAGUGGACCGUGAUAUUUUCAGAAAUUUCAUAGUCAGAUCGUCGGAACGUAAUUCUCGAGCAACGUCUUACAGGUUAGGUUGCUCUAUUUCCUGAGUCAAAAUGGAAUCAAUGGACGCGCGCCUUGUUGCGCAGGCUUUAAACUACCAUGGUCAGCAGUUGCAGAAAGUGUGGGAAGGAGAACGCAACGAGAAUGAGUUGGCCAUGCUCAAUCUCAAGGAACCCAAUUUUGAAAUUUAUCAACAGAGACAGAAAACACUUAGCUUCGGAGAUAGAGGAAAAAGGCUAAAGCUUCAACAAUUCCUCGCUAAGAAAGCAGAUGCUCUUUAUGAUAAAGCAAAUCUUGAGAAGACUGUAGAGCCUAUUAAGCAAGAAUUAGGGGACGAAGAAUUUUAUGCAACAAUGCCAGGACUCGAUACUUUUGUCACUAUGGAAAAAUCUCAACGCAUUAGAAACUUCUUGGAAAGUUUAGUUGUUGGAGAUGUAAUUUAUGCACAAGUGAUGAGUAAAAGUGCUCCUGGGCUUCUUCUGAAGGUUCUUUGCAACUGCUCUGACUGUCCUCGAGUUGUUACUGAGUUAGGAAUAAAGGUUCUAAUAUUGAAUACGGCCACUGUGCCGGCGGUGGACAAGAAAGGUGUUACAAGAGGCUACAUGGCAAAUGAUCUCGUCUGCGUCGUAGUCAGUGAAGUUAACGUUGAGGCGGAACGAGUCGUUGCAGUAAUGAACAUGCCUGCCCGCGAGGGCCAAGCCCCACAUCCACCUAUGGGUCUUAUUCAUUCUGACGAUCUUCCAGAAGCUUAUAAGAAAGCUGUGGACAACAAAGGUCAGAGUUAUGAAACGCUCUUGGAGAAUAGUACUGGCUUCAACAACCCAAACAACAUAAAAUAUCUUUGUGACUUGAUGGGUCUAGGGCAAGAAAAUCAUUCUAACAUGGUUGGCCUAAGAGAACGUUUUCCUCCCAAUGAAUAUUCAUCAGAAUUGAGACAAGCACAAGCAAGCAAGUGGGCAUUCCGAAGCGUUGCCGAAGGAAUAGAUCACUUCAAAGCUGGCCGCCAUUCUGAAGCCUUUCAGUGUCUUAAUAAAGCACUUUCAGUAGACCCAAGAAAUGUUGAAGGCUUAGUCGCUAGAGGAGCGUUAUACGCGAACAGCGGUAGUUUCAAGAAAGCGAUCGACGAUUUUGAAACCGCUCUAAAACUAAAUCAAACGCAUGCGAACGCUCGUAAAUAUAUGGCUGAAACGCUCGUAGCACUUGGACGCAGUUACGAAGAUGAAAAGAAGUACGAUGAAGCUCAGAAAGCGUACGAAAAUUGCUUAGCUAUCGCACCAUAUCACGAAGAGGCACGGAAUUCUAUCGAAUAUAUCAAAUCAAAAACUCUGACAUCUUCUUUGAACCCACUUGACACGUUUAAAAGCUUCGAAACGGAGAACGACGUCGGCGACAAUAAAAAGGAGAAAAAGAAACGUAAGAAGGAAAGAAAAUCUAGAUCGAAAAAGAGACAAAGAUGGAGUUCCAGCUCUAGUUCGUCAUCGAGCGGAUCAUCAAGUACAUCUAGUUCGGACUCGAGCAGUUCCUCGUCUUCAGGGAGCUCACGAUCUGCAUCUCGUUCGCCGAGCAGAAAACGGAAACAUAAGAAAGAUCAUCGUGGAUCGCUUUCGCCUCUUAGCAAGCGUAUGGCUCAAUACAACAAUCCUCCGGCUGCUACAACCACCGCCCAUGACGUAAUUGCACCAGUUUCUUACAAUGCUAAUACUCGCGAAAAAAUGGACGAUUAUGAAAUUAAAGUGCGCAAGUUCUUGGAACAAACUAAAGAUGAUUCCGAUUACGAAGACAAGGUAAGAAAGUUCUUGGAAGAAACUGCAAGAUGGAAGAGGGAAAGGGAAAAGGAAAAGAAGCAUUCAGAAAGUGAAAAGAUGAAGAAGAAGAAGAAAAAGGAGAAGAAAGGAAAGGAUAAGGAAAAGGAGGAUAAGAAGAGUAGAAAGAAGAAGAAGAAAGAGGAACGAAAGAAGCGUAAAAACAAGGAUAAACUUGAAAGAGAUUUGGAGGCAUUGAAAAAGUCAUCUUUACCAGAUUUGGAACAACUCGAAUCGAAACUAAAUGCUUAUUAUGCGAAGGUUGAAAAAGAAACAGCGGUCCUAAAAAGGUAUGUAGCACAGUAUAAUGACAUACCUUCCCCUCUUAGCAACGCGGAGAAGCUCGCGGAGAGCUCACGCAGGGAGGAGGAGCUACGUAGAGAGAGGGAAAGGGAGAGAGAUGAGGCGUCAAAAGCUUAUCAUGAACGAGAACCCAGAAUACCAAUGACUGCGCAACAGCGUAAAGAAAUUCAGAGGAAGCCUUUAACGGACAUUUUUGAACAAGAAUCACAGUUAAUUCAUCCUGAACCUAAAGUACCUACUUUAGAUACAGCUGCGUUAAAUGCUAAAUGGAAGGCUGCUCAAGCGGCUAGCGACGAAGACGAUGACAACGAGUUAGAAGAGAAACUGCAACGAGCGGCGCUAGAAAAAUCAUUGAAUAUUCGUAAACAGAUGCAACGAGAACUGGCAGAGAAGAGAGCAGCAGCUGCCCAACCGAUGUCUGCCCCUACACCGCCACCACCAUUGCCUAAGGAACCUCCGAUACCGAAACAAGCUCCAGUGAAAUAUCCUACUCCGCAACCACAGAACAAGUUCCAAUCUUACAAAGAUCCUACUAUAUCGGUACCUCAAGGUACACCGAAUAAGUUCAGCUCCGGCAGUAAUCUCGGUGGUAAAUUCCAACCGAUCGGUCAAUGUCCUGGAAGUGGAGGUGGCCAUCCACCGGAACCUCCGCGUCCACCGCCACCAGCGAAGAAUCAGAAUCAGGCUAAAGGGCCAAGAACGGAUUCUGACAGCGAGACAGAUCGACAGCACAGACAGACGCCUAAGAAACGCGAGUCGAGCGGUAGAGGAGGUACGGUCUCCAAGAGAAUGAGCAGAGACAGACCAGGAAAGCGUUCUCGUAGCAGAUCUCGCAGUGCAUCCAGUUCUGGUUCCUCGAGAUCUCGAUCUCCAAGGCGAACACGAUCGCGUUCUUAUUCCAACAGAAGAUCCGGCAGUUACGAAAGAAAGUAUAGCCGUUCGCCUUCCGGUACAUACAGUCGAUCAAGGUCAAGAUCACGAUCAAGAUCUUACACUAGGAGUCGUAGUCGCAGUAGAUCCGGCGACAGAGGCUAUUAUCGCAAGAGACAGUUCCGAUUAUACAAUAAUCGUGGGACUUAUUACAAGCCACGCUUUCAAGGCUUUAACAAUCCAAACCAUCGUGGCGGUGGCAAUAACUUCCAAAAUAGAAACCGAUUCUACAAUAAUCAACACAACAAUCGUUUCGGCAACAGACGUGGCGGUGGAUUCAACAAUCGCGGCGGUGGACGUGGACGUGGUGGCAACCGUGGUGGUAGAUUUUUCCACGGUAAGCAGGGCUUCCGCGAUUUCAGGGACAGGCGAGACUUUAGAGAUCGUCGCGCAGUAUCGCGCGAUAGAUACAGCGAUCGCAGUUAUUCACCCGACCCAAUGAGAAAAGUUGAUGAAGCCAAAGAGAAAAUCAACAAGAUGCUCGAAGGCGGUGACGACGUAAUGGAUCAUCAGCAAGGUGCCGGAGGCUCGAGCGUUCCUCCCAAUAAGAGACAAGAUGGACCUCUGAGCGAGGGCGAAGAACGCGAUGAUGAUGACUACGAGAGGUGGGGAGAGGGAGAGGGGGGCGACGCGACUAACAAGAGCGAGGAAGUUGGAGCUGUCGACGAUAACCUGGAAGGCAAGGAGUACUUCAUUGAACGCAUGAAGCAGCGAAGCAAGAAUGUAUUAAUGCAGAGAGCCCUUGCAGCUAAGAUUUGGUAGAUAUGCGUGCCGUUGCCGACGCUGUUUCUUCUCUUCUCCUUCGUCUGUGAUAUUCUCUAUUUCCUCACGUUGGCUGUGCCUAGUCACCAGCGAUCGACCAAUUCACGUGAGAUACUCUUUUAUAAUUUUUCGUACCGAUAACGCGCGGUACAUAUCUAAAUAUUAUCAAGUAAAUAUCACGGACGGUAAUCAUUCAAAUUAUAACUGGCGGCCAUUAUGAUCGUUAAGAAUUCUUUUAUCUUAAUUGUCGACGAAUUCUCUCGUUCGUCAUUUUUGCGGAUAUAUCAUUAAAUGUAUAAUAUCGAGACGAUCGUGUAUAGUUUAUUAUUAUAUCUACGUUUCAUCCGUAUCGUAAUAAAAUCAUACGACAUUCUUUUGCUCGGUUUUGCAAGAGGAAACCCGAAACUCUACUACUACUCUAUUACUACUACUACUAUACUACUGCUACUCUACUAUACUACUACUACUCUACUAUACUACUACUACUACUACUACUACUCUACUACUACUACUACACUAAUACUACUACUCUACUACUACUACUCUACUACUACUACUACUACUACUACUACACUACUACUACUACUCUACGUUAUAUCUUAUAUAUGUAGCGAACGAGAUGCGCUCGAUAUAUUAUAUAUCUAUCGUAAUAAUAACGGGAACGAAUUCAUUCGUAUCGAACUUUAAAGAUUUUCGCUACGGAUCGUCGAGGAUAUAAUAUAUGUAUACCAUGUUUCUACAAAGUAAGAAUCGGAAGAUCAUUUUAGCAAAUUUCAUCGCGUUUUUCUUUAAUUUCAAACGUAGUUCGUAAGUUGUAUGAUAUGCCGUGUUUUUUUUUUUCUUUUCUCUUAUUUUGUUUUCCUUUUCUUUUUCGAUCACAAUGGAAACGUCAAAUUUGGCUCUGGGUUUAAUUCUUAUCUCGCGAGUGGCUUUUCAUAGUAUCUAUCUAUCUAUAUAUAUAUAUAAUAAAUAUAUACAUACAUAUAUAUACAUAUGUAUAUGUAUAUAUAUACUUAUAUAUAUAUAUAUAUAUUUAAAUCAUCUUAUCAGAAACUUUCUUUAUUAAUUUAAAAUGAUUUGUUAGAUUUCGUUUGUACAUUUCUUAACAAAUGUGAAAACUCGUUACGAUUAAAACCAUCUAAGCAUAAUCAAAAAUAAAAAAUAAGUCAGUUGAUUUAUGCAGAUCGUAAAGUAAACGAUUUUACCAUUAAUUAUUCUUGACAAUUCUAUAACAUUUUAAUUGUUUCAUGAAAGAUCAUGUAUUAUUGGACCCUCCUCCCCCUUACUGUUGCGCGCGGUUUUAGAAGUUGCGAUAUAUUCUGCGUUGUUUUGUUCCAAUACAAAACAAACGAUGCACAUUUAGAAUAAUAGUCAUUUUACUCCCUUGAUCGCGUGAUCUUAUUAGAGCGUCCCUUUGCAGAUACAUUUCGUUAAAAAAUACGAACCUUGUUACUAUUUCCUUCUCUUUAAUACGAGAGCGCUUAUUUUAAGGUAUAUUACAAAUAAUUUACGUAGUAGGACACAUAUAUGUUACAUGUAAACGAGUUGCUGUACAAUUCAAUCAUCCAAAAAAAUAUAUAUAAUUGUAAAACGACAAAAAGAGAAAGAGAGAGAAAGAUCGA